AUGGCGAUGAUGAUGUCUGGCCGUGUGCUGCUGGUGUGUGCCCUCUGCGUGCUGUGGUGCGGUUUGGUGUCGGCCGAUGCCGGGGGUGACGAUUUUUCUGGUGGUCAUGGAACUUUAGGCGGAAGUGGAGUUGGGGCUGAUGGUAGACCUUCACUCCCGGUUGGUGGUGAUAUAUCCACUGGAGGUACAAAAGAUGAAUGUUCUCUGGGAAGUGGAGGUGGCUCUCCGGUUUCUGCUUCUCCUGCUUGCAAAUCUUUACUUUCUGAUGCGGAAAAUCCCGGGGGUAAGGCUUUAAAUGACACCAAGAAAGGAUUAUCCCGUGUUGAGGAGGACCCCGAUGCUGAGCAGGAUCCGCCACAGCCAGGGUCUCACGUUGUAUCGACAGCCGAGGUGCUAGCACCAGGACAACCCAAUUCUGAGGCACAAGAGCAGUCGUCCGGUAAACUAAGAACAGAAGAGGGGCGUAAUAAUGGUGAUGGCGGCACAACUGCGAAAGAAGAAGUGACUGGCGUGGAGAGUAGAGACACUGCUGACUUGUCCCCCAACGACAGCCGCCCGCCAAAAGCAGCACGACCAGUGACGGGGGAAGAGAAAGGCACAGAGAAACAGGCUGCAUCAAGGGCGUCAUUAACGCCAGCAGAGGGACGAGGGACAUCUGCUGCGACGGAUCAAAAAGUGGAAUUGCCGAAGGAGAAGGCCGCGUCCAGCGCGGGUGCCACAAACAUUCGGUCACCUGUCGGUCAACAACAAACAGAACCUUCAUCUCCUUUUACGAGUGGAAGUACUUCGACUCUGACUCCGGAAAAGGAACCCGCUGGGGAGGUCCAUUCCAACAAUAACCAACCACCUGGUGACGCAGUACCGACAGAAGGAACGCAACAUGAGACUCUUCCUGGCGACAAAACGCAAACAGAACCAGCAACUACAAACAACAAACUGAUUGACGCAGCUCCAACUGGCGACAGUGAGAGCAGCCCCACAGCUCCUCCAGCGGGAGAGUCAGACGCUGCCACAACCACAACCCCGAACAAUCAUGAUGCGCGUAGCCUCAAAAACAAUGGCAACAAUACAUUCACAGAAGAAGUGGAUCAGAUGGAAGCAGCAAUAAAACCCCAAAGCGCACCAGACGGCACUGACACUGCAGCAGCCAACAGUGAAGCAUCCACAGCAGCCGUAAACAUCUCCACUAACACAACAAACAAAACAACCACCGUCGACAGUGACGGCAGCACCGCGGUCUCCCACACCACCUCCCCUCUUUUGCUUCUUCUUGUUGUUGCGUGUGCGGCUGCUGCGGUGGUGGCCGCGUGA